UGUAAAACUAAGACAUUUAUUCAUGUAUUUAUACGUAUUUGAUUGAAACUAUGCAAAAUAUUAUUUUCCUAUUAUUGAUUUGUUUCUUUCAUUAUAUUGAAAGAAUCUAUGCUUCUGGUCGUACUGUACAUGACCAUUAUCCCAAAGUAAUGCUUCUUUCUCUUGAUGGAUUUCGUUAUGAUUACUUUGAUAUGGCUGAGAAAAGAGGUGUAAACAUGUCAGCAUUUAAAAAGAUUAAAAGUCAAGGAGUUUACAUAAAACGUAUACAAAAUGAAUUCCCUACUUUAACAUUUCCAUCACACUUUUCAAUGGUAACAGGACUGCAUCCUGAAAGUCAUGGAAUAGUAGAUAAUGUGUUUUAUGAUCCAACUAUUAAUGCAACAUUUGCAUCAAGAAAUCAGUCUACAGCAUCAGAUUCUAGAUUCUAUGAUGUUGGAGCUGAACCGAUUUGGGUAACGAACCAAUUUCAAGGUCAUAAAAGUGGAGUGACUUUCUGGAUUGGAAGUGAGGCGAAAAUCAAAGGCCAGACACCAACUUACUAUCUAUCACCCUACAAUGAAAACAUCACAUUUAUUCAGCGAAUCGAUACUUUGAUGAGUUGGUUUGAUUAUGAAAAUAUUAACCUCGGUCUUAUGUAUUAUCAUCAACCUGAUAGAGCAGGACAUAUUUAUGGAGCAGCAAGUGACGAGGUUUUCAAAGCUAUUGAGGAGUUAAAUCAUGGACUAGAUUACCUCUUGACAUCGAUUGAAAAGCGACCAUCACUUAACUGCUGCCUCAAUCUGAUUUUAUCAAGUGAUCAUGGAAUGGCGAACAUCAGUUCAGACAGAGUUAUAUAUCUUAGUGACUACAUACACCCGAAUGAGUAUAUAUCUGCUCCUAAGAAGUCAGCGGAAAUCUUGACACUUUGGCCAAAGCCAGGACAUACUGCGCGAUCAUUAUAUGACAAACUGAAAGACCAACACUUCAGAUUAAAUGUCUAUUUAAAGGAGGAACUACCAACACGUUUCUUUUAUGAUUCAAGUGAUCGAAUUGGUCCUGUUGUUGUAUAUACAGACAUCGGAUGGACGAUUAUUGUUGACAGAAGUUCUGGGGUAACAUUGAAAAAUAAAGGUUCUCAUGGUUAUGAUCCAGAUUACAAAGUUAUGUCUCCAUUUCUAAUGGCAAUGGGACCUCUGAUAUCUAAACAUCAAAAAACAAAAUUAGAAGAUACAAUCAAACUGAUUGAUAUUUACUCACUGAUUUGUCUUAUGCUUAAUUUGAAACCUGCUCCUAAUAAUGGCAGUGUUUGUCGAGUUGCCCCAUUGUUAAGUUAUAAAAGCAUUGCCAAUGUCAACAGAUCACCUAUCACAUUCAUUAUUAAAUUUGUUAUUCUAAGUAUUUUCAUGUCAUACAAUGGAUUAUAUUAUUGAAAUAAUAAACUUUUCUAGUGAAUGAAUCGUUGAUGUUCUGAUAAGGAAACUUGUUUAUUUGUUUGUUUUACCAAGAUGCAACUAAUUACGUAAUUGUCAUGUGUUAGACACACAAACAAACAAACAAACAAACAAACAAUUGAAUUGUUCAGUAAUACUCAGAUUGUAUAAUUUUUUUUUCAUUUUUGAUAAGUGGUUUGUUUGUUAUGUUUUUUUUUGCUGACAUUUUAAUGUAUGUAUUCAUAUGAAAUAGUGUAAAACAUUUUAAAACAUAAUCAAUAUUCUGAUUAUUGUAUCAAUAUGUAAUGUGGUUGUACAUUGUUAUUCUGUAAAGUGUGCACAAAAAAAAAUAUGUUAACACAUAUUUUUGAUACAUUAUGAUGUACUUACUUACUACUUAUAGGCUUAAGUAAGUAGUAUGUAAGUAUAUCUUCAUGCAUCAAUUUAUCUUUAAUCCACUUUCAUAGUUACAAGUAUGUUUAUAAUAUCUAUAACAACUUUGGCUUUGGAUUGUAAACAUCUGAUGAGAAUCUAAUGACAUUAAAUGAAUUCAUUAAUUAUUUUGCACUAAUCUUUGUUUUUGCUCUGUUUAAGAAAAAAAGAAAGGGGAGUAUUUGAACGUACAAUUGUUGUCAAUUACAGCCAUCUACUUCACCCUCUAUCUUCCCCUUAAAUUUUCUACCCCACCCCCAACUGGUUUAUUUCUAUUUCCACGAUCUUCAUUACAUUUAAUCUCAAUUUCAACAUUAUAUCAUAUCAUGUUGAGCUAUCCUUUCCCAAUGAUAAUCUCCCUAUUUAUCUUUAUGAUGAAUACCUAAGCCAUUAACAAUCAAACGAUUAUUAAACUUUAUUUUUAAAAGAAUUUUUUAAUAAUUUUGUUUAAUUAAUUGAUUAUCAGGUUUUACAGUUACAUAUCCAUAUUUACAAAGGUCAACAUAAAACAUACAUUAGUGUAUCAUACAUUAGUUGUAUCAUUUGUAAAUGAGAGCGGUCAUUUAAUGAAGGUUAAAAUGAUUCACCUUUGAGUUUCAAGUUGUUAUUAACAUAAUAGGAAUGAAAUAAAUUGUGCUGUGGGGCCAGCGAAAUUCCACUGAGCCCUAGCCAAAUCAUCCGGUAGUUGGGUCAUUGAAUAUGGAACAAAUCAUCAAUCCUCGUCGAGGUCAAGGACAGCCAACGCGCAUCAGUUAAUCGUACGCCAUGGACUGGCCCAUGCGGCAGUGGUCUCAACUUCGUUUGUAUCUACUUUAACUAAUAUAUUUCUGUAAUAAC